AAUCUUAGAUCACCUUGAGCAGAAUCAAUCUUGAGGAAGAAAUAAAUUAUAGCCAAAUAUCACAUCCUGAUCUAGCACCAGAGGCUGUAGGAGGUUUAGCUCACCAGUCAUGGCGACAGUCUACUUAAUCAAAUAAGCAGUUUGGUGUAAUCCUUAGCCCAUUUUCAAAUAGUUCAUUCAAACCAUUUGGUUGAAAUGACUAAUAAAGAAGUGUGAUACACGUUAACUAAGUGUCCAUUAGGAUAGAUGUCGAGUAAAGACCAUAACCUAAUAAGUGUACAAAUUUUAUUCUUAUCUGACCUCGGGGUAUCAUAGAUUCUGUCUAAACACUUCAAGUCAAAGAAGAAAAAGUUACCCAAAAGUUCCAAAAUUUAAAAAUAUAUAUAUUAUCAAAAGACGGUGUAAAACCCGGAGGUAUUCAAGGAAAGGGAAACAAAUAGUCAAAUACUAAAACGUAAAAAUGCGAAAAAAGUAAAAAAUAAAAUAAAACAAAGAAAAAAAGAAAGUGGAAAGGGUCAAGAAAGCAUAUAUUCCAUCCUCCAACAGAACCCCACUCAGGUUUCCAGAUAUGGUGUUAGAAUAAGUUUAUAAAGACCAAGAAGAAAAGAAAGAGAAGACUCCAACAACUACAUAAGAUGGAUAAUGAUAAGAAUCACAAGGCAGAGGAAGCUAAACCGAGAUUGAGAUGGAGUUAUGAGCUUCAUCACAGGUUCAUCGACGCCGUUAAUCAACUCGGGGGACCAAACAGUUCUGUUUCAGUUCCCUUUCUCAUUUUGAAACCUUAUCAGGUUUGGGUGGUUAGGUCUUAUUUCUUUGUUAGUUUUUCAUUUUUUGUUUUGUUUUGUUAUGUGGUGUUUUUAGAGGCGACGCCUAAGGGUUUGAUGAGGAUUCUUGAGAUUCCUGAGCUUACUUUGUACCAUCUCAAGAGUCAUUUACAGAAAUAUCGGCUCGAGAUAAGCGAGAGAUUCAUUGGUAACAAGCAAGAUGUUUCUUCAGCUGCAAAAUCCCAAGAACGUCAGAGUCAAAAAUAUUUUGGAGAUCAACCUGACGUCAUUGUCACAGAAGAAAAAGAUGACGAACCUAACAAAAACUUGCAAAUCAAGGAAGCGAUAGAAAUACAAUUGGGAGUCCAGAAGAAGCUUCACGAACAAAUCGAAAGGAAGUUACAGGACAGGAUAGAGGCACAAGGGAAAUAUUUAAAGUCUGUGCUAAUGAAAGCUCAAGAAACUCUCUCCGCCUCCGGUUACAAAUCUUCUAGUCUCUAUGGAGUAGCAUGGACGGCGAAUAGAAGUUGUCUCAGUUCUGAAGAUGACGAGGCUGAGGAAGAAUACGAUUUCUUGGGUCUCAAGAAAGCGGAAAACAAAGGGAUUGAACCAGCGAGAAGUUUAGUUGACUGCUCGUUGGCAUCAUCAGAAUGCUCAGAAGCAGAAAAGGAUAUUCAUUCUCUGACCAUUAUGAGGAGAUCAAACACGCUUCAGUUUACGGAGAUCAAACCAGAGGAAGUGAUGGAUCGGAAGAAGAGAAGGUGGGACGAUGUCCUUUGCGUGGAACAAUCUAUCCGGAAGAGAGCCUUUUAAAGACCACGACGGUGAGGACUUGGGUCUGAGUUUAAAUAGUUUCAAGGUCAUGGAAACAUGUUCCAAGUCCGACAAGUAGAACUAGUCUAUUAGGUUACAAGAAACCUGAGCCUUUUAAUAAGAUAUGCUAAAAUAUACAUUGUGUCUA